UACACCAAAAUGAAGACAGCUACCAACAUCUACAUCUUCAACCUGGCUCUCGCCGAUGCCCUUGCCACCAGCACACUCCCCUUCCAAAGCGCCAAGUACCUGAUGAGCACUUGGCCCUUCGGGGAGCUGCUGUGCAAAGUGGUCAUCGCCAUCGACUACUACAACAUGUUCACCAGCAUCUUCACGCUCACCAUGAUGAGCGUGGACCGCUACAUUGCUGUUUGUCAUCCGGUGAGGGCCCUAGACUUCCGCACGCCCGCCAAGGCCAAGCUUAUCAACGUCUGCAUCUGGAUCCUCUCCUCCGCCGUCGGAGUACCUGUGAUGAUCGCUGCUGUUACCAAGGUGACGGAUAAAGGAACCACCGCCUGCACAAUCAGAUUUCCCAAACCUGAGUGGUACUGGGACACAGUGAUGAAAAUAUGUGUGUUCAUCUUCGCCUUCAUCGUACCCGUCAUGGUCAUCACCAUCUGCUACGGUCUAAUGAUCCUUCGGCUCAAGAGCGUCCGCAUCCUCUCCGGUUCCAAAGAGAAAGACAGGAACCUGCGGCGGAUCACCCGCAUGGUCCUGGUAGUCGUGGCGGCCUUCAUCAUCUGCUGGACCCCCAUCCACAUCUUCAUCAUUGUCAAGACAAUGGUGGAUAUUGACCACAAGAACCUCCUGGUAGUGGCCAGCUGGCACUUGUGCAUUGCUCUGGGCUACACCAACAGCAGCCUCAACCCUGUGCUGUACGCCUUCUUGGACGAAAACUUCAAAAGGUGCUUCAGGGACUUCUGCUUGCCCUAUCGCACACGCCUGGAGCAGAGCAGCUUCUCCAGAGCGCGCAACAGCACACGGGAGCCUGCCUCCGUUUGUGCUCCUGCAGUGACAGAGAGACCGGUGGCCUGACUAGGCAUGGGUCAGAGGGCGAGGGGGACAGAUCAUGACGACCUCCACACUGAGGUCACACAGAUUUCCACUACAGGAGUAUGAGCCUGCAGAUAUGUACACAGCAGGCAUGAAGACAAAUUAUUGAUUGCGUGUUUGAAUUCAUGUAAUGAAAUGCCCGUGUCCAACAUGCAUUCAUGAGACAUAAACCCUAAUGGAUUGUCUUUCAGGACGAUCACAAACGUGUGUGCCUGCACAUAAGGAAAUGGAUAUGAAUGUAAAUACAAUCUAAGAGUGUGUAGAAAGCACACACAUGCACACACACACACAGUAUUUGGAGUUAUACGUUUUUUUACUAAUUUUGCUUUACUUUGUUCAAAUAAUGAAUUAAUAGAAGAAGGUGGAUUCCCAAUAGUGACACCGCAGAGUGCGAACAGCUGAGUUUCCCUCCAGUACCUCACCACCUCCCAUUACAACUGUGUUGGAGAACCUACAGAGACCAUCAGCCAACAUAAGUACAUGGAAGACCCUCUUUGGAGCCAGUGUUAGUUUGUCCAUUCUGGGCUACUGUAGAAACAGGGCAGUGCCAACUCCGUGGUCUCACUCAACCAUAACAAAAAGACGAUUCUAAUUUUAAUUAAUUAUACACUAAUUAACUUUAGCUUUAACAUUGUGUGUAGGUCUUCAUCCAUGUUAGGUGAACAAUGAAGGGCUCGUAGAGUACACAGUCCCACUAUGAUCAGAUUGCACAGGGAGGACAUUGAUCUUAAACACACAGUCCAGGCCACCUGAGUCUGUUUAUAGCCAAACAGUGGCCUGUGAUUGGUUGAGUCAGUCACCUGACCUCAGCCCCACAGAUCAUGUUUUUCACUCGAUGGAAACCUGAAUGACUGAGUGAACAUCCCUGUCGCAGCAGGAGGUGAGAAUGGCUGCAGUAUAGGACUGGCAGAGCAUCAGCACCAGAAUUACGGCUAAAUAAAUAAGUUAGUAGUUACUUAGCUGGUAAAAUUGUUUUUAUUCCCUGAAGUAGGCGGACUGGAGGAUGCAGUGGGUUUUUAGAGCCUUUUUGAAACCAUCUAAUGGCUGAAAACUACAUCACUUGAGGUGAGAAUUUACCGAAAGAUUGAAGUAUCAGGCCCCCAAAAAACAAAUCAAUGCACUUAAAGACACUAUAAUGCUCCACAGAUCAGAGUCUAGAGAUAAUACGGGUUUAUUAUUACAAGCAGCUUUUUUCACCAUUGUUGAAUCCAUAUAAAAUGCUUUUAUAUCAGCUUUAAAGUUGAAUUUGAUUUGGGACUUCAACCUCAAAGUGUUUAAUUUCUCAUCCAGUGCACUGUAGAGUACAGAGGCAACACAAUGAAAUAUGCAUCUCUGUCCUAAUUCUUUCUGGCUGCAUAUUGUGACUGGUACAGACAAAGGGCGUGCACAUAUUACAGAUCUGUCUGUGAGGUCAAAUUCUAUAUGAAUACUCUAUAUGAAAUUUUGCUGCAUCGUUAAAGAUGCUUGUAAAAUAAAACAUAAAAUCAAAAUACAGUAGUCAUGAUUAAGCAGUUUGACUGGGACCUCCAGUGUAUAUUCACUAUUAACUCUGGGGUUCAGCUGACUCACCAUUUCACUUCUCUAGCAGUUUGGUUGCUCCGUUUGUUCGUUUUUGUACAAUCAAACAUUCAAAUGAAAGAAAAACAGACACAGUAGUUUCAACUUAUGGUGACAUGACUGAAUGACCCCAAAUUGCCAUGGAGAUAAGUUGCAUUAAUAUUCAUGUCAACUGGUAAUUUUCCUCUGAUGAUUGUUGGACACUUUUGUGGACAUUUAUUUGCACAUUUUAUGAGAUCAGUCAUAGGAUGGCAGUGAUGUCGCCCCUUCAGAGAUGCAGGUUCAUUUAAAAAGGGUAGAGCUCUACAGUAUAUACUGUAUCUAGUAUAAUAUUGUUAUGUAACAGCAUAUUAAGUGGUAAUGUGUUUUUUACGUGUGCUUAAGCUGUUUUAUCUUUAAGCUUCACUUGUAAUUAAUUAGUAGAGUCGAAUGUUAUUUAACUAUGUAUUUUCAUGAAGUGCUAUUCAUAUUAGUAAAAGCAUUCAUAAUUUUCAAAACAAAUGAAUAGUUCCUGUCUGGACUGUGUCUGACCUUUUGUUUACAAUUAUCCCUGUAAAUACAUUAUUUAUAAAUGUUUUUCUGCUGAAUGGAAAUCUGUACCGUAAUGCCUUAUUCAGCUUUCUGUUUGGUUCUCUUUGCA